UGCUUCAUCACAGUGCUCAAAAAGGUACCCUGAAAUAUUCCGUCAGGACAGAAGGAAGUCAAACGCUGAAGCAAGCAGGAGCGGUGUUGCAGAGGAUACUGGAAACGGUUCUGUGCUGUUAAUUGAAUUAAAACCGUUGCAGAAACAACAGACUAGCAAAAUGACUGCUACUAAUCCACCACAAGACAAAUACAAGGCUGUGUGGUUGAUAUUCUUCAUUCUUGGAUUAGGAACGCUCCUGCCAUGGAAUUUCUUCAUGACUGCCACAAUGUACUUCACCAGCCGGCUGGUAACUGCAGAGGAAAGGAUGUUACAGGUCAAUAACACAGGCAACCUGACAGUCUUGGUGCCAAAGAAUUACUUGGAGUCCAAAUUCAACAACUUCAUGACUCUGUGUGCCAUGGUGCCACUUCUCAUCUUCUCCUGCCUCAACUCUGUCCUCCAUCAAAGGGUUCCCCAGAAGGUGCGCAUCAUGGGAAGCCUGGCUGUCAUUCUGCUGCUGUUCCUCGUGACUGCAGCUCUCGUCAAGAUCUCCAUCCUUCCUCUCUCCUUCUUUGUGCUGACGAUGAUCACAAUUGUCUGUAUCAACUCCUUUGGAGCGAUUCUUCAGGGCAGUCUGUUCGGACUAGCUGGCCUGCUGCCAGCCAGUUACACUGCCCCCAUCAUGAGUGGACAGGGCUUGGCAGGCACAUUUGCUGCCUUUGCCAUGAUCUGUGCCAUUGCAAGUGGUUCUGCAUUACAAGACAGUGCCUUUGGCUAUUUCAUCACAGCUUGCGCAGUGAUCCUCAUCGCUAUUGGUUGCUACAUCGCCCUCCCUAAAAUGGAAUUUUUCUUGUUUUAUUUGAAUAAAGACAGCAGCCCUUUGACGAGCAGCAGCGAUGGUGAAACAAAGCUAGACCUGCUAAAGACAGCAGAACAUACAAAAGGGGCAGAUAAAAAGACUGUCAUAAGCCUCACAGACGAUCUUCAACCUCAAGUCUCAGUAGUUGAGAUCUUAAAAAAGAUCUGGGUGCUGGCGUUUUCCGUGUGCUUUGUGUUUACGGUCACUAUUGGAACAUUUCCUGCUGUCACUGCCGAUGUGAAAUCCACCGCUGCAGGGGACAGUGCCUGGAGAAACUAUUUUAUCCCUGUUUCUUGUUUCCUGCUGUUUAACCUGUGUGACUGGGCUGGAAGAAGUCUCACCGCGAUCUGCUUGUGGCCCGGGAGUGACAGCUUGCUCUUGCCGAUCAUGGUGGUGGCUCGCGUGGUCUUCGUGCCCCUGUUCAUGCUGUGUAACGUGCAGCCCCGGGACAAUCUGCCUGUCUUCUUUGGUCACGACGCCUGGUACAUCAUCUUCAUGAUCCUCUUCGCCUUCUCCAACGGAUACCUGGCCAGCCUCUGCAUGUGCUUCGGACCCAAGAAAGUGGCCCCUCAUGAAGCGGAAACGACUGGGGCCGUCAUGGCCUUCUUCCUGUCUCUGGGCCUGGCGCUGGGUGCCUCAGUCUCCUUCCUGUUCCGGGCGCUGGUAUAGCGACACAGGGGAAUCCCCACAAGUCCUGAUUGCGCUGGAAACAAGAAGGAGGCUUGCCUCUGCAGACUCCCUUUACCAAGCUUUAGACCAGCCUUGAUUUUAUACACCAGCGGGCUAGAGGGGAAGCGUGCCUUAAAAAUGAGAUUCAAUUGUUAAAUAAACAAAUGCAAAGUUACACUGCUUUUUAAACUGUAUUUUUUCAAUUGUUUCAAUCAUUUUUAUAUAUUUUGUGUUUUCCUUGUUUAAAAAAAAAAGAUGUACAUUAUGCAAUAUGCUUGUUAAGUUCUAUCAGUGGUGUUUUUUUGGUUUUUUUUUUUUUUGUUUUUAAUAUGUGCUAUUUUGUUUCUUGUUAUAAUUUUUAAAUAUUUUAUUAAAAUAUACUGAAUUACUGGAUAGUGAGCCCUGAUGCUGUAUAGAGAUGAGUGAAGCUGUUAUUUUCAACUGGAAACUCAGUCACUGCACUGCUUAGAAACGCACGUUGUAUUAGUUCUUUUUGUUGUUAGUUUCCUGUUUUGUCAGUUUCAGUAUGUUUGUUACCAUGUAGAUACUGAAGUUUCUAGUAUAAAAAGUUGCAUUGUAACUAGCUUUAAUAUCAGUAUGAAGUGAUGAUAAAGGGUAGUAUUUAGUAGCCAUAUGCACAAUGAAAGCCAGGAGAUUUGUGACAAGCGGCAGCUUUAAUGAUACAAUGAUCUGGCAUGCUUAAAGCAGUAUUAAAAGCGCUAGUUAUGUGAUUUAGAUGUCAUGUUUCUAAUUAAAUGAGGGCAGACAGACACUAAUUAGAUAGAGGUGGCAUGGCAUUCUCUCUGUCAAAUUUUAGGAUUACGUCUUUAUAGUAUUAUCAUUAACCUACAGUGUAUAGUAACCGUAGACAGUGAAAAUAAGGGGAUGUUAACAAAUAAAUAUAACCGUGUUAGAUCAGAGCUGCCAUUCUCCUUAAAUAUGUGGGGGAAACAGUUGGUGGGAGUGAGUCUUCCAGACUUUUCACAGAACCUUAUUUUGUAUACUAUUCUAGUAACACUUGAAGAAACUUGUAACAUUCUUCGAUAGUUUAAGGAUGAGCAGAAUGUACACAUUUUCUCAGUGCCUUUUAGUAUAUAGUUUUCAAAUUUUCUUCCACCUUUAUACUUUAUAGCACCUAUAUUUUAUGUAUUUAGUAUAACUUUCACAUUGCAUCAUUUUUAUCCUAUUCACUCACUCACACAACCUAACAAAUGACAUGACCAAACGUCAGGCACACAGGUUGGGAACCGCUGUUUUAGAGUACAAGAGCAAGAAGGCUAAUAUGUGAGCAGAGUUCUGUGUCCACCUGCCAAGCUUCAGAGAAAGCCAUUUAUUCCAGAAGGAACCUCAAACAAGUGUGAAUAAAUGUAAUUGAGUAUAAAAAGCUGAUGAACUCUGAAUCGGCAGCUUGUUGCCAAAGUGAACUGAAAUGUGCUAAUGCGACUUCCAUUUUAAAAAACGUGUAUAAUUUCAUCUAGAGACGGGUUUGGGAUGCUGCAAAGAGGUGAAACAAACUGAAUAAAAAGCAAUACUGAA